ACUACAGAAAUGCCGUGUGGUUCCCGGCACCAAUACAAAAAAGAAUAGGACCACUCCAUCUCUUUCCCAUGGAUGUCGUAAAAGCCGACAAAGGGGUAGGCUUAUAAACUUGGGAUUCUUCUUUUAGGUGAUGCUAGCUAGCAACCUGUCACUAUAUGAAUCUCAAUCCUAUCUUAAAGCCAAAUAGCUGAACGUGGUCUAUCAGUCUUUGCGAGACUGUAGGCUCUGUCUACCCCGCAAGGGAUAUAGACGUGAUUAUAUGUAUGUAUGUAACUAUAGAAAUAUUCGUUUUGGUAAUAUCUAGUGCAAGCUACUGGUCCGGUAGCUGUUUCUCUUCCCGUGUCAAUCAAAGGAAAGGCUUACAACCUUGGACUCUUGUAUUGAUGGGAUAGCAGCCUGUCACUAUCUAUAUCUCAAUAUCGUCCUGAAGCCGAACGUGGUUUUCAUACUUCGAGACUGGCUCUUCCUUCUCCAUAAGGGAUUAAAAUAUGAUAAUAUGUUAUUGUUUCCGACGAAUAAACUCGGAAAUCCCGAGCGAGGUUUAGUUGUAUAAAUGUUUUUUACUCCUUUAUAAAAACUUACACAGAUAAAUAUUUCAGUAAAUGUGCCCGCGGUAUCGCUGGGCCUGGCGAUGGGCUGGGUGUCGCUGGCGAGCGGCGAGAGCGGGGCGGCGGUGGCGGCGGCGGGCGGGGAGGCGCGGCUGGUGCUCGCGGCGGCGCUCACGUUCGCGGCGGCGCUGCUGGGCGUGCCGCUCAGUGCGCGCGCGCUGGCCAGGGGGAGGAAGUUUGCUACUAUCGCUACUUCGCUGGCUUUUGUGGUGUGCUGGUCGCUGAAACUGGCGAGUCUGCAGCACGCCGGCGGCUGGUGGGUGGCGGCGGCGCGCGCGGCGGCCGGGCUGGGCGGCGCCGGCGCGUACGUCAUACCGCCGCUAUUGGCCACAGAAAUGUGCGAGCGCGCGGUGGCAGGUGCAGCGGCGUCGUCGCUGGUGACGGCGCACAACCUCGGCAUCCUGCUCAUGUACGUGGCGGCAGACCAGCGGAUCCCACACAGUACAGUGUUGUGGAGCUGCCUGGCGCUGUCGCUGGCCCAUUGCGCGGUGUUCCUGUUCGUGCCCGAGUCGCCAGCCUAUUUGGCGGCCAGUGGAAAACAUGAGGAAGCUCGCUCGUCGCUGGCGUGGCUGCGCGGCGCUCAGGUCAGUGACCCGAUGCUGACUGAGGAGUUAGCUGCGCUGCCUCCGCCCGAUCACAGCUCCGCUUUACAAACACUGAAAGAACUAUUAAGCGACAGAAGUCGUCGAAGGGCGCUGCUCAUCGGCACCAUCACCGUGGUGGGGCAGGAAACUUGCGGCAUCUUCACGAUGGUCCAGUUCGCCGAGCGCACGUUCAUGCUCGCGCGGGACGAGCACUCCGAGCAUGUUGGCGCGCUCGCCGCGCAAGCCGGCUCGCUGGCCUCGCCCGCGCGGUGCGCGCUGUGGUUGGGCGUCGUGCAGUUACUGGCUUCAGUGCUGUCGUUGUAUUUGGUCGAGAGGGUCGGGAGAAGACCGCUGAUCGUGUACACGGCGUGGCUGGCCGCCGCGAGCCUGCUGGCGGCGGCGGCGUGCGCGCGCGCCUGCCCGCGCGCGGCGGCGGGCGCGCUGCUGGCGGCCGUGGCGGCCGACAGCGCCGGCCUGCAGCCCGCGCCCUACGCGCUGCUCGCCGACUUGUUCCACUACCAGUUCCGCAGCGCGGCCCUGCUGGCGGCGACGAGCGGCACGUGCGCGGGCAACGCGGCGGAGGUGGCGCUGCUGGCGGCGGCGGCGCGCGGCGGGCUGCGCGCGGCGCUGGCGUGCGCGGGCGCGCUCACGGCGCUGUACGCCGCCUUCGCCACGCUGGCGGCGCCCGAGACGCGCGGCCGCACGCCGGACGAGAUUUACAAGGACAUGGAGCGCUCGCCUCUAGCGUGUUUUAAAAAUUAUCGUAACGCAGAGACGUUGGACACCAAAUUUCAAGCGUCCGCCGGAGCCAUGGGCCUGCUGGACAAGCUGUCGCUGUGGCUGGGGCGCGGGCGCGCGGAGGUGACGGUGCUGGUGCUGGGGCUGGACAACAGCGGCAAGAGCACGCUGCUGCGCUCGCUGCGCGCGCCCGCGCCCGCGCCGCCCCCGCCCGCGCUGCCCACCGUGGCGCUCCACCAGGAGACCUUCCAAAGCGGCGGCGUGACGUUCAGCGCGUGGGACGUGUCGGGCGCGCCGCGGCACCGCGCGCUGUGGGAGCGCCACUACCGCCGCGCGCACGCCGUCGUCUUCGUCGUCGACUCCGCGGACCAUCUCAGGCUCGUGGUGGCGCGCGAGGAGCUGGAGCUGAUGCUGGCGCACCCCGACGUGAGCGGGCGCCGCCUGCCGCUGCUCGUGUUCGCCAACAAGUGCGACGCGCCGCUCGCGCUCUCUCCCAUGCAGAUCGCGUCUGCUCUUUGCUUGGAGCGCAUCUCGGACAAGCCGUGGCACAUCUGCGCGUCGAAUGCCGUGUCCGGCGCCGGACUAGAGGACGGCGUCGCCUGGCUCGCCGGACAGAUCCGAGACAUGCACCUACACCACAAAUAGAGAACUCCUCACUGUGUCAUAGUACACAGCGACCGUGCCUGGCGCCGGACGAGCGGCCGGUCGUCGGACGGAUCCGCGACAUGUACCUACAUACACCACAAACAUAGAACAUCUGAUGGUGUCAGUUUAUAGAGAUAUUGAUACACUUCUGAUGAGGGAAAACAUCGUGAGGAAACCUGUAUGUCCCAAUAUGGGUUAAGUUCUACUGUAAAAGUUGCUGGAAGGGAGUCACUUCGUGUAAAUAUCUGGCUCAUCCAAUCCAGGAUGCAUCCAUGGUGAACCGCCAGGCUCCUCUCCAGUGAGUGAGGAUGUGACCGGGACUAGCGCAGGAAGGAUCGACUGUAUCAUUGGAGUCGAGAGGGAAGAUAAAAAUAAUGUGAAAAUAAUUCAUGCUUUUAGAAGGAUAAAAUCUUAUGAUAUUUUCUCGUUUCGUUAAAGUUUUGUUACAUUAGUGAAUAAUUGUGAUGUGGACAUUUGGGCAUUAUGUCUGGCGAAGUUAAAAAUUAGAAUUAAAAUCUCAUAAUAUUUUUGAAGUAGUCAAACUUAUACAAUGAGGAGAGAGAUACUAGUUAUUAUGGGAUUUGUGUGUUUAAAUGAACAUUGUUAUAAUGUAAAAUUAAAAUUAUAUUAUUUUAAAAUAUUUAAAUAUUGCAAUGUUAUAAAACUUUUGUGAUUAUUUCAGAAAUUUAAAUCACUAUAAAAUACUAUAGACUAUG